AUGGCGACAUGGGCGGCUGAAUAUGAUGUCCUUCCAAUAAUGUCUUGCCACGUGCGGGGUGAAUUCUUCGUGUAUCUUUCUGAAAAUCCUAUUGCAGAGGGUGCCCUCAAGAGCUGCGUGAAGGAGAAGAUGGCGUUGGGAGAUGUCCAAUGCUUUAACCCUACUCAGGAUCCCACAGUAAACGUCUCAUGGAAACGUCUCUCAUCGAGCAUGAGUAACAGUACACAAUUUGAACCCACUGUGCACGAUUUCAUUGUCGCUGUCUCAUCGUGCAUGAGUAAACGUCUCAUUGAAGGGCAGCAGGAUUUAUUUACAACUAAGACCCUCCAAAAGAAUCAUUCAGUUAUCAGUAUUCCAUAUGUUGAAGGGAAGGAGGAUCAGUCCAUCUCCACUUCCCUCCAUUCUUGGACAAGUGCACAACAACAGCACAUCAAAUGUGACAAGAAAUCGUCAAAACAACCGCCCUACAUA